CGAAGGUGUGCGGCUCUGCGACACGGGGGAAGCGGGAAACAAUAGCGGGAGGAACAGGCCCGGGCACUGUGGGGAGGAGUCAGAGGAAGAACCGGAGGAACGUGACUCUACUCGAGGGCUCAGAGAGCAGGUUGAGUCUCCAAAGUAAUAAAGUCUCUGUCCCUGAGUUCGCUAUGGCUGAUAAAGAGGCUGCGUUUGAUGAUGCCGUGGAGGAACGAGUCAUAAACGAAGAGUAUAAGAUAUGGAAGAAAAACACCCCGUUCCUGUAUGAUCUGGUGAUGACCCAUGCCUUGGAAUGGCCUAGUCUGACUGCUCAGUGGCUCCCAGAUGUCACCAGACCCGAUGGGAAAGAUUUUAGCAUCCACAGGCUGGUACUUGGGACACAUACUUCUGAUGAACAGAAUCACCUAGUAAUUGCUAGUGUGCAGCUUCCUAAUGAUGAUGCUCAAUUUGAUGCUUCCCACUACGAUAGUGAAAAAGGAGAGUUUGGAGGCUUUGGCUCCGUGAGUGGGAAAAUAGAAAUCGAGAUCAAAAUAAAUCACGAGGGGGAAGUGAACAGAGCUCGUUACAUGCCACAGAAUCCAUGCAUUAUUGCCACCAAAACUCCAUCCUGUGACGUUCUUGUGUUUGACUACACCAAACACCCAUCUAAACCAGAUCCUUCUGGUGAAUGUAAUCCAGAUCUCCGACUUCGAGGCCACCAAAAGGAGGGCUAUGGUCUAUCCUGGAAUCCCAACCUAAGUGGCAACCUUCUUAGUGCUUCAGACGACCAUACAAUAUGCCUGUGGGAUAUCAGUGCUGUACCUAAGGAGGGCAAAGUAGUGGAUGCAAAAACCAUUUUCACAGGGCACACUGCAGUGGUUGAGGACGUGUCUUGGCAUUUAUUACAUGAAUCUCUCUUUGGAUCAGUUGCAGAUGAUCAGAAACUGAUGAUCUGGGACACCCGAUCAAACAACACAUCAAAGCCCAGCCACUCUGUAGAUGCUCACACAGCUGAAGUGAACUGUCUAUCAUUUAACCCUUACAGUGAGUUCAUAUUGGCAACUGGGUCAGCUGACAAGACUGUUGCAUUAUGGGACCUGCGCAAUCUGAAGUUAAAGUUGCAUUCAUUUGAAUCUCACAAAGAUGAAAUCUUCCAGGUCCAGUGGUCUCCACAUAAUGAGACCAUCCUGGCAUCCAGUGGAACUGACCGUAGACUAAAUGUCUGGGAUUUAAGUAAAAUAGGAGAAGAGCAGUCUCCUGAAGAUGCAGAAGAUGGUCCCCCUGAACUUCUGUUUAUUCAUGGUGGCCAUACAGCCAAGAUAUCAGACUUCUCUUGGAAUCCUAAUGAACCAUGGGUGAUCUGUUCUGUAUCUGAGGAUAAUAUCAUGCAGGUCUGGCAAAUGGCGGAGAACAUUUAUAAUGAUGAAGAUACAGAGGGUAGUGUUGAUCCAGAGGGUCAAGGUUCCUAGACAAAGCUAUACUGUUCUGUUUGUUUCUUGCAAAAACAGAGAUUGUGUCUUCUGCAUCCAGCACUUGGACAUUGGCCAUUCAAUGCUGCAGAGAGCUACUUCUGGCUCCUCCUCUUCCCCCUGCCUCCUCUAAUCUCGCUUUUACUGGUUUUGCUGAGGAAUCCCAUAUAUAUAUAUUUUUUUUUUUUUAAAUAUAAAAUUGUCAUUUUAACCAAGUAUCUGCUGCCAAGGCGUUUUUAGAAGCAAGGAGGGGGAGAGAGAGCCCAUUGUCUGACCCACAGGCUGGAUUCCCCCCAGUGCCUUCUACUGCAUCUGACAUCAAAGACUAUUCAGGACCAACACUGCUGCGUUUAAACAUUCCUCCCAAUCCUAUACUCCAACACAUCAUAAAGACUGACAAUUAGCAUAUCUUGUCAUUCUUUUAAAUAGCCUUUUACUGUUUGAAUUUGGAGUGUUCUCUAUCUAAUGUUCUGUAUUUGCUGUGAUCUUCAGUUUUUUUUUGUUUUUUUUUUAUUCCUGAGACUCAGAUUCUGCCAUAACACUUUUGUUUUCCUAUGAAAAAUAUUCACUCCGAUGUUUAUAUGCAACUUCAUUUUGGUGUAAAGUUCAACCUUUGAUGGAGGAGUUAAUAGUGGACUGAACCCUGAAAUUCUGAAUUUGAAUCCCUAUUUUGAAUAUAUUAAAGGGGUUGUUCAUCUUUAAAUUAACUUUUAGAAAAUAAGUAAUAAAGACCAAUUGAAAAGUUGCUUAGAAUUGGCCAUUCUAUAAAAUAUUAAGAGUUAACUUAAAGGUGAACACCCCUUUAAGAAUAUGUCCUCUCCUAUAUGUGUCUUCAUACUUGUGCUUGACAUGUCUAUAGGGGCAAGAGGUGUGCCCCUUUUAAGGGCUCAGAUUGUCAAUGCGCACAGCACCACACAUGUAAUAAAAAUGUUUGUUUUU